UUAAAGGUAGAGACCUGUGGGUUCUUGUUCUGGGAAGGUUUCCAACCCAUCAUAAGAUUGGCAUUCCAGAAUUCAAGUAUGUUGCUAAUAUGCAUGGGGAUGAGACCGUUGGGAGAGAAAUGCUCCUCCAUCUGAUAGACUUCCUGGUGACCAGCUACAGACGUGACCCAGUUAUCACUCGGUUGCUCAAUAACACCCGGAUUCAUAUCAUGCCAACAAUGAAUCCUGAUGGAUUUGAAGCAACGAAAGUGCCUGAUUGCUACUACUCACAAGGAAGGUACAACAAGAAUGGAGAAGAUCUGAACAGAAACUUCCCUGAUGCCUUUGAGAGUUACAACGUCAGCAUUCAGCCAGAGACUCUAGCAGUGAUGAACUGGAUAAAGAAUGAAACGUUUGUUCUUUCAGCAAACUUGCACGGGGGUGCCCUGGUUGCCAGUUACACCUUCGAUAACGGGAACACAGUUACCGGCUCUUCAGAAGGCUACAGCAAGUCUCCAGAUGAUGAUGUCUUUAUUCAUCUGGCAAAAACCUAUUCUUACAACCAUGCCAGCAUGUACAAAGGGACUGGGUGUGACAACAGGCAAACCUUUCCAGAAGGCAUAACCAACGGGUAUUCUUGGUACCAGCUGGAAGGUGGAAUGCAAGAUUACAACUAUGUCUGGGGACAGUGCUUUGAAAUUACAUUGGAGCUGUCAUGCUGUAAAUAUCCUCCAGAAGACCAGCUGGAAAAGUUCUGGAGAGACAACAAAGUUGCUCUGAUUGAAUACAUAAAACAAGUACACCUAGGUGUCAAAGGUCAAGUUACUGAUAAGCAUGGGAAUCCUGUUCCCAACGCCAUCGUGGAAGCGGAAGGCAGGCGUCACGUCUGCCCCUACAGAACAAACGAGCAGGGGGAGUACUUCCUCCUCCUCCUGCCCGGAACCUAUGUCAUCAAUGCUACAGUACCGGGGUUUAAGUCGAUGCUGAAGACUGUGGAAAUACCUGACAAUACUGGUAACUUCAGUGCUGUGACACAAGACUUCUCUUUCUCAGAAGUCACUCUCAGAUCAAAAGCUGCUUCAUGUCCCAAAACUCCCCUCUACCAAGAGCUCGAGUGGGCUUCGGCUGCAGUAAGGCCAACUCUACACAUCUUGCUUUUAAUGACAGCUAUACUUGUAAUUUUCAAAUAAAGUCAGGAAUGACGGG